AUGAGUACCCUGUCCAUGAGCCUGGAGGCCCGCUGUGUGUCCCCAUAUGCCGCCUGGUGUAUGGAGUCUGCCAACUUCUACGAGCAGCGCCUGAGCGGCUCCCCUGCCCCCUGCAAGCCCAGGGCCAUGUGCGAGGAGCCCGAGCACCCGGUGACCAGCAGCAGUAACCUGGCGGAGCUCAGCUCAGCACCCGCCAUCUACGAUGAUGAGAGUGCCAUCGACUUCAGCUCUUACAUUGACUCCAUGUCCUCCGUGCCCAACCUGGAGCUGUGCAACGACGAACUGUUUGCUGACCUGUUUAACAGCAACCACAAGGCUGGGGAGAGGGCAGAGAGCGCCCAGGACUAUCUGAACGGGCUCCUGGCUCCCCCCUACCAGGGAAACAACAAGACCCACUUACAGCAGCUGAAGCAGGAACCUGAAUGGAGUGACAGUGACAUGUCCUCCUCCCUGCCAUGCCAGAUUGCCACCUGUGCCCAGACCAGCAUGAACCUCCAGCCCACACCGCCCACCUCCCCAGAGCCAUGCAGCUCCACCAGCUCAGCAUGCCCGUCCCCUGCCUCCACCGCGGGCACAGCCUGCACCAAGGACCGGUCCGGGAAGAAGUGUGUGGACCGGUACAGCCCGGAGUACCGGCAGAGGAGGGAGAGGAACAACAUCGCCGUGCGUAAAAGCCGAGACAAGGCGAAGAAGCGCAACAUUGACAUGCAGCAGAAAUUGCUGGAGCUCUCCUCUGAGAACGAGAAGCUCCACAAGAGGAUAGACCUCCUCACCAGGGACCUGACAAACCUCAGGCACUUCUUUAAACAGCUGCCCUCCACAGCCACAUCUGGCACUUUCCUCUCCAACAUGGGCAGCAUUGAUUGCCGGUAA